GGAAAUCGCAACGGCGAAGCUGUGCACGACUGAACACAUUGCGGCACGAUCGUUGCAUCGUCGUCAGUGGCAGCAGUACCUUGGACGCGGCGUCGUUAAUCGGCAUGUGGAAGUGCGCCUUGAUCUCGUCCAUCGGGAUGAUCCGCGAUCGAGCGGCGGACGGCGCGCGAGGAGCCUGCAUGGAGAGAGUAGCAAGCGAGUCGCGACGAAGGGCGGUAUUAAUGUGAUGAAGGGUUAGUGCGACGUGCGACGUCGAUGGGCAUCAAUGGCACGUCGUGCGCGUUGAUCUCGUCCAUCGGGAUGAUCGCGAGGCGGCGGCACCAUGGAAGAAGGACUUUAUGGCGGGUAGGGGAUAGUAACGGGUUAGAGCAGCGUCGACGGGCUACAAAUGCCACAUUCCCUUUGAUCUCGACCGUCAGUGUGGUUCGCAUCGAGAAUCAGCGGAGGGAGCACGAGGAACACGCGGCAACGUCAGACUCGGCUGGCGAAGGCUGGCGAAAGGAGAAAGGGGGAUCGCGCGAGCUACACGUCGCCGCCUAGCUGUCGGACGACGACCGCGUAGCUCGGUCACAAGCAGCGAGAUUUCGCUGAAUAUUUUUUCUUUUUCCAGGAGAAGUUUGGUACCGUUUUAUGUC